AUGUAUACCCCGUCAGCACUAGUGGCCCCGAGCCCGGCCAUAGAAUUAAAAGUGGGUGCUUCCAUCGCUGGGCCAACGGCAGCGUACUGGUUCGCCAAAGCCGGAGCCAACGUGACGGUGAUUGAGCGUUUCCCAGCUUUACGCACAAUUGGACAUAACGCUGAUAUUCGGGUGGCCGGUGUCACUGUCAUGCGAAGGAUGCCAGGAAUGGAAGCCGCCGUUCGAGCCAGAAAAGCAGAGAUCGAGGGCAUCAGCUUUGUCGAUUCCAAGGGCCGAGCAUACGGAACUAUCAGGCCAACAGGGAAUCCUGACAAACAAUCACUCAUUUCUGAAUAUGAAAUCCUAUGA